CGUAUUUCAGAUAUUGACAAGUGCGGACGACUUUCAGUCUGUCUCUGUGUUGCGUUUGCCUGACCGUCUGGGAGCCCGUUUUAAAUGCCAGAUAUAAAAUAUAAUAAAAGUGUUCAAAUAUUUAAGGCAAUAUAUGUUGUGUCGCGGCUGAUUAGUUAAUAAAAGCGUUAACUCAUUGCCAUUAUAAUGAGCGCCACCGUAGAAAAUACAGGUCCCAUUAUCGGCAUUCGACAUCUGCAGGCUGCGCUUCUCUUCUUGGCCAUAUGCGUUAAUUAUGUAGCCCGGCUCAAUGUCAGUGUUGCCCUGGUGGCCAUGACGGAUGCGGCCACUUCCAAUCCUGACUUUCCGGAAUACAACUGGACAGAGGCACAACGUUCCUAUAUUCUUUCCAGCUUCUAUUGGGGCUAUAUUAUCACCCAGUUUCCGGCUGGAUUUUUGGUGCGUCGUUUUGGCGCCAAAAUCGUGCUGUUUAUACCAACAUUUGCCACCGCCAUCUUGAGUGCACUGACACCUUAUUCUAUCAGCUGGGGUGGCUGGGUGGCAUUUAGCGUACUACGUGUUGUAAUGGGAUUAUUUCAGGGUCUAAUAUUUCCCUGCAUACAUGAACAUCUGGCCAAAUGGUCACCGCCCAAAGAUCGCAAUCGCUUGGGAGUUUUCGCCUACUCGGGCUCCGAUUGUGGCUCUGUGAUGGCAAUGGGAAUUAGUGGACUGAUAGCAAAUAGUUCCAUGGGCUGGCCGGGUAUAUCGUAUGUGUCGGCGGGAUUAUGUGGCAUCUGGUGUCUACUCUGGCUGCUCUUCUCGGCCAACAAUGCGCCCAGCUCCCGGCUGGUUGGCCAAAACGAACGUGAUUACAUUGAGCGUUCGAUGAAGCGAGAAGAUGGAUUCCAUGUACAGAAGAUACCCAUACCAUGGCGUGCCAUUUGGACCUGCGUACCCUUCUAUGCCCUGCUGAUAGUGCGUUGUGCUCAAGGCUGGGCCAACUCGACCAUGCAGCUGCAAACGCCGGCGUAUAUGCACGGCGUACUGGAGAUGGACAUCAAGAGCAAUGCCUUGUAUUCGGCAUUACCGUUCGUGGCCAUGUGGUUCAUGUCCUAUAUAUAUCUGGCAUUUGCGGAUGUGGCCAUGUCCCGCAAGUGGAUGUCGUUGACCACGUUGCGUAAGUCCAUCAACACGGUUGCCUAUUGGGGACCGGCUGCGGCGCUGAUUGGCAUUGGUUUUCUGGACAAGAAUCAGACGGCAUUGGCCAUUGCGCUGAUGACCAUUAAUGCCGGCUUAAAUGCGGGCUCUGGCAUUGGCAGCAUACUAACCAUCAUUGAUAUGUCGCCAAACCAUUCGGCCAUAGUUAUGGCCAUCACAAAUGGAGUGGGCAAUAUCUUUCCGCUACUAACUCCGCUGCUGGUGGGCGUCAUUGUCACCGAUACCAGUUCGCGAAGUCAGUGGCAAAUUGUGUUUGCAUUGACGGCCAUUGUGUUUUUCGUGGGAAAUCUGGUCUACAUCAUUUGGGGCACGACUGACCAGCAGCCCUGGGAUGCUGUGGACUUCCUAAAGCCUCGUGAUGCCGAACUUAAUCAAGAUGCUGCCUCCGACCAGCGAGAGAAAUCAACGAUUAAAGCCAUAAAUACAAAAGCAGAGAAAGCAAUAUGAUGGCCAAAUGUACUUGCAACUUUAAUUUAUAAUAAACUUACUUCUAAUAACUCUA